UGGUAAUGAUGGUGUGUGUGCCGCGACAACUUUUAUCGUCACUGGUAUUAAGUUACGCUCUCCUCCACAUACGAUCAGUAGUUCCCACAAAACACAACAUUAUCAGAGGAGAAAAAUUUCUUUGCGGAACGUAUGCUCCCGAAUUGGCAACAGUGACAUGCAAUUUUAAAAGAGUGAAUCGGACAACCGAAUUUUGGUCGUUUGAUGGAUUCUAUUCACCAUACUUUUCAGCCCUCAACAAUACCGACAAUUUAUUUAUGGAUGUUACAGUCUACUCGCGGCAACAGAACCUAGAGUGGCGACCUCACAUGAUAAUCCAUUACUUUGUGGACAUUUGUGGGUAUAUGAACGGGGUGCUACAAAAUAAAUUCUUGGACAUUUUAGCGAGUGACUUCAAAAAAUUUAGUAAUUUUAUGCAUCCGUGUCCGUACAAAGGACAUUUCUACUUGAAAAAUAUGACCUUCAAUGACGAACAUUUCCCGACCAUUGUACCUUCGGCUGAAAUUUACAUUGAUUUUCAAUAUUUUAUGUACGUGAAUGGUUCAAGGAAGCGGAUGCAUUACCUCAGACCGUACUUGGAAGUGAAAACGAAAGGAAUUUUGUAUUUCAAAUGAUGGUUUGAGGUAAUUGAAAUGGAUUUAGAUCUAUCUAUAUCUAUAUCUAUCUAUCUACAUCCCGAUAUAGUAAAAAGUAAGGAACAUUUGAUAAAAUA